UUCUUAUUUCCUCUCAUCAUCAUAGGCUGCUAAGCGAAAGAAGCCAACUUUUUAAUUCACCAAUGGCAGCCAAAUUCCAGACGAGAUCAGUGAGCUUGCCCACCAGAUCCCACCACACAACCAUCAAAAUCCACGAAGAGCUCACCAAGCUGAGAGCAUUCGAGCAAUCAACAUCGGCGCCGGCCACUUCUACUUCUAGCUCCGCCAUCUGCAACAGUUUAUCCACUCUAAGAGACAUCUACGACAGCGUGGACGAGCUUCUCGCCCUGCCAUCGACUCAAAAAGCUCUGUCUCGCCGUCGGUGCGUGGCAGAGGAGAAGCUCUUCUUGAAAGGAUCCCUGAAGCUUAUGGAUACUUGCGAGAUCGCUAAGGAUGUGAUCUCGAGGCUAAGAGAAAACGUGGCCUCCCUCCAGUCCGCAAUCCGAAGGAGAAGGAAAGGCGACUCUGUUUUAGAAUCCUCUGUGUCUGACUACUUUCAAUUGAGGAGGAAGACGGGGAAAGACGCCAGGAAGUUGGUUGCGCAGUUGAAGCAACAGAUGGGCAAUAAUAAUUACAAGUUUCCGGCGGCCGAUCAGGGUGAUGUUGAUGAGCAAUUCAGUGCUGUAAUUAGGGUGAUGCGAGAAGUUAAUGCGGCGAGCAGCUGCGUGUUAGGAGCGUUGUUGAGAUUCGUUACGAUGCCGGUUGUGGCGGCAGGGCUAAAAAACAGAGCAAGUGGGGGAUUGCGUCCAAGCUGGUGAUUACGCGCAAGGUGGCGGCCGUUGAGUGCGAGAUGAUGAACGAGAUUCAAGCUGCGGAUGUUGCUCUGUUGAUUGGGAAUGUGGGGAAGAAGGAAUUUGGUACCAAAGAAUUGGAAUCAGUGGAGAAGUGUUUUAAGGACAUUGAGGGUGGUUUUGGAUGGUGCUUUCAGGAGAUUGAUCAAAUCGAGAGCUUCUCUACUCAACAUACUGUCUCAGUAGGAACAUUAAUUCUACUAUAGCAAAAUAAUGAAAUUUUCUGAAUCUU